GCAACUUGCAUUAUUGCAGGUACAUGCAGUUAGUUCUUUGUCUUUGGCCUAAUGUUUAUUAAAUAUUAGUCAAGCAGUAACUCACAUUAGCAGUCAGUCACUCAGGUGUGUGAUAGUUUGGCUGUGUGUGUGUAUUUCAUAGUCGGGCAGGCAUAACUCGUACCGGAACCUACGCCGGUUUCCCGCUUCCUGUGAAGACACCCGCUGUACUCCAUCGCAUCAUAAUGCCAAAAUCAAAGGAAGUUCUGUCUUCCACCUCUGGAAGUGACUCCGACAGUGAAGUAGAGACCAAGGCAAAAAGAAAGAAGCCAAGUGCACCAGAGAAACCAGCCAAGAAACCAAAGAGUGGAGAGAGUUCAAAGCCGGGCGGCUCCUCCAAGGGCAGUGGUAAUGGUGACGACAACAUGUUCCAGAUCGGAAAGAUGAGAUAUGUGAGCGUCAGGGACUUCAAAGGUAAAGUCCUGAUCGACAUCAGAGAGUACUGGAUGAACCAAGAUGGUGAGAUGAAGCCAGGGAAAAAAGGCAUCUCCCUGAAUCCUGAGCAGUGGAACCAACUGAAGGACCAGAUCUCAGAAAUUGACGAUGCCAUAAAGAGAAUAUAAACAUUCCUUUAACGUUGUCUGCGGAACUAAACAAACGUGACGGCUAAUCAGUUUUGUAAAAAGCCUGGGAUGUUUUCUAAUGGACUUUAAUUUGUAGUUGUAUCCAGUGUUGUCCGCACACUCUGUUCUUUCUGUGUGAAACUUGUUUUUGAGCUGUUGUAGUGAAGGUUUGGGUGGUCGAUGAUUACACUUGAUGGGUAGGAUGCAUCAAUACAAUGUUGUUUUUAUUGAGUCAUAUAAUAAGGCACUAGCUUAAUGUUGUUUAGUCACUGUGUAAGUUCACGUCCAGUUUGACUAUCUUGUAAAUAUAAAUCACUUUGUUUCAUUUUGACCUUUGUAAUAUGCAGCACCCAAUAUCAGAGCCCAGUCUGUUAUGUUAUGUUAUGUUAUGUUAUGUUAUGUAAGUGAUUAGAAUCAUGGCUAGAAAUAUAAGUUAGGUUUUGAAAAUAAAGGAUACUAUUAAACAAA